AUGGAGCUUCAGAGGGAGCCCAAGAGAUCUUGGAUCGAAGAGACCUUCUGCAAGAGAGACUGCAUAAAAUUUAUUCCAACAUCACAAAAUCCCCACAGGUGCUACCCUUUGUGCCAGAUAUGCCAAGGCCUCAUCAGGUGCUGUUGUGGGCGCCUCAUAGGGGAGCACCGUGGUCUUGAUGUCAGGCUUCCCAGAUCCUCCCCAGACAGCCCGAGUCCUACCCCACUGGAGUGGCCAGCGACGGAUGGGGUUGAAAGGUGGUCUGUCAAACAACACACGCAGGCCAGCCCUACUGAUGCAUUUGGGACUAUUGAUUUCCAGGACAGCGCUCGAUCAUGUCGUGCAAAGUACCUCCGGCUGUCGUGCGACACCAAACCCGACCAAGUGCUGCAGCUGAUGCUGAAGGAGUGGAAAAUGGACAUGCCAAAGCUGGUCAUCUCCGUGCAUGGUGGUACAGAGAACUUUGACCUUUCUCCGAAGGUGAGGCACACCUUUGGCAAAGGGCUGGUCAAAGCUGCUGAGACAACUGGAGCUUGGAUAGUGACGGAGGGCAUCAACACAGGGGUAUCGAGAUACCUGGGAGAUGCAGUGAAGUUGUAUGGCACUCGUGAGUUCCGUAGGAGAUACACCGUCGGAAUCGCUCCGUGGGGGAUCAUCCAGAAUCACAGUGACCUGAUUGGAAAGGAUCUUGUGCGGUCGUACCAGACUCUGGGGACCCCCGUGUACAAGAGAAUGAGUCUCAACAGCCAGCACUCGCACUUCCUGCUGGUGGACGAUGGAACUGUGGGCAUCUAUGGUCGCCAGUUGGAGCUCAGGAGAAGACUGGAGAGACACAUCAGACUCCAAAAGAUCCACCCCAGACUGCGAAAGGGGGUACCUGUUCUCUGUGUGGUUAUGGCGGGGGGCCCGGACGUCAUCUCUGUAGUGCUGGAUUACGUGAAGAGCGUCCCCCAGGUACCAACAGUUGUGUAUGAGGGGACUGGACCAGCCGCUGACCUUCUGGCAUUCAUGCACAAGCAGACCUCCACUGGCAGGCAACUGGAUCCAGACAUCAGAGAAGACAUUCUGCUAAGGAUUCAGACGACGCUCGGCUUGGAUAAAGCCGAGUCCAAUCACAUCUUCAAACUUCUCAUGGAAUGUAUGGACUUCAGGGAUUCAAUAACCAUAGUGGACCUUGACUCUGAAGACCAGCAAGACUUGGACACAUCAGUUCUAACAGCGUUACUUAAAGGCACAAAAGCAUCAGCCCCUGACCAGCUCAGCAUCGCAUUAGCGUGGGACCGAGUGGACAUUGCCAAGAAGUACAUUCUUGUCUACGGACAGCACUGGAAGGAGGGCUCCCUGGAGCAGGCCAUGCUCGAUGCCCUGGUCAUGGACCGGGUCAGCUUUGUGAAGCUGCUGAUCGAAAACGGGAUGAACAUGAACCGCUUCCUCACCGUGUCUCGACUGGAGCAGCUCUAUAACACGCAGGAGCCGACAAACAGUGUUUUGUAUCAUCUGCUGGAAAAUGUGAAACAGAGCCACCUGCCUGCAGAAUACUGGAUCUCCCUGAUUGAUGUUGGUCUGGUGAUUGAGUACCUGCUUGGCGGUGCCUAUAGCAGCACCUACACCCGCAAGCGUUUCCGUGCCCUUUACAGAAAUAUUAGUGGAAAGCACAAGGAGAGUGGCAAAGAGAACAUGGGCCAGUUUAACAAGCUGAGCGUAGGGCGCAGAACACAGCUAGAGAAGGAAGACAGUGGCUCGUCCGGCUCCCACUUCUUUCGGACUGCUGAGCCAUACAAACACAAGGAAAGUAAUAUUCUCUCUCUGGGAUCGAGAAUGGGUAAAGACGCGGAGAUGAACGAGCUCCCACUGUUCACGUACAGUUUCAGCGACCUGUUUGUGUGGGCGGUGCUGAAGAGGCGACAGAAGAUGGCACUUUUCCUGUGGCAGCAUGGCGAGGAGGUCAUGGCCAGGGCCGUAGCGGCCUGCAAACUGUACCGUAGUAUGGCCUAUGAAGCCGUGCUGGCUAACAUGGGGGACAGCACUGCGGAAGAGCUCAAGAGCUAUUCACUAGAGUUUGGUCAGUUGGCAGUGGAUCUCCUGGACGAUGCCUUCAGGCAGGAUGAGACAAUGGCCAUGAAGCUGCUCACCUAUGAGAUGAAGGACUGGAGUAACUUUACCUGUCUGCAGAUGGCCGUGUCCUCUGGCUUGCACCACUUUGUCUCCCACUCCUGCACGCAGAUGCUGCUGACGGACUUGUGGAUGGGGCGACUCAACAUGAGGAAGAAUUCCUGGUUUAAGAUUAUUUUGAGCAUCCUGCUGCCACCGGCCAUCUUGAUGUUGGAGUUCAAGAGCCAAGCAGAAAUGUCACAUGUCCCACAGACACCCGAGUCCCUUCAGUUUGACCGAGAGAGUGGAACUCACGGAGAUGUAGACAAUGGACAUACAAGCAUGAGUCACUGUGACAUGGAAAAAGGACCUGAACACAUCAUAUCACAGGACAUGCCUUGGACCAGGAAGGUCUAUGAAUUCUACAGUGCCCCGGUGGUUAAAUUCUGGUUCCAUACGAUGGCCUACUUAGCGUUCCUCAUGUUGUACACCUACACUGUACUGGUGAAAAUAGGACCUGAACCCAGUAUCCAGGAAUGGCUGGUAAUCUUUUACAUCUCCACUACAGCCCUUGAGAAAGUACGAGAGGUAUUAGUUUCAGAACCCAGAAAACUAAGCAAGAAACUUGAGGUGUGGUUCAGUGAGUAUUGGAACGCCUUAGAUUUCAUAGCCAUCCUCCUGUUUUUUGGCGGCUUUGUGCUGAGGUGCCAUGACCCUGACUUGAGGAUCGUGGGUCGCAUAUUUUACUGCCUUGACAUCAUCUUCUGGUACCUGAGACUUCUAGACCUGUUUACAGUCCACCAGCAUGUUGGACCAUACCUGACCAUGCUCACUAAGAUGACGACCAACAUGUUUAACGUGGUGAUAAUGAUGGCCAUUGUGCUCGUCACUUUUGGGGUAUCUAGAAAAGCCAUCCUUUCUCCAGAAGAGCCCCCAUCCUGGACUCUGGCCAGAGAUGUUGUCUUUGAGCCUUACUGGAUGAUAUUUGGUGAAGUGUAUGCGGGGGAGAUUGAUGCUUGUGCAGACAACCAACCGUGUCCUCCUGGGUCCUUCAUAACCCCAUUCUUACAGGCAGUGUAUCUUUUUGUUCAGUACAUCAUAAUGGUCAAUACCCUCAUAGCAUUCUUCAACAAUGUGUAUAUGAGCAUGAAAUCAAUAUCAGACAAGAUCUGGAAGUGCAAUCGCUACAGAUACAUCAUGACCUACCAGGGAAAGCCAUGGCUGCCGCCUCCCUUCAUUGUUUUUAGUCAUCUUACCCUUUCGAUUGCCUCCAUUUGCAAGCCUCAACCCAGGAAAUAUGAGCAGGACAAGCAGUGUGGACUGAAACUUUAUUUGAGCUACGAAGACCUUAAAAAGCUCCACGACUUUGAGGAGGAAUGCAUUAUUGCCUAUUUUCACAAGAAGAACCAAAAUCUGCACUGCAGUGUUGCUAGCAGAAUCAGAACCACAAAGGAAAGGGUUGAGGAGGUCAGCGGGGAGCUGCAAGACGUAGCAGAAAAGGUUAAUCUCAUCAAGGAUGCCCUUCAGUCUCUGGACAGCCAACUUGGACAACUACAGGAUCUGUCAGCACUGACUGUGGACACUCUGACAGUUCUGUCGGCAACGGACACAGGGCAGGCGGAGGAGGCCUUGAUGGCCAAGCGGCGGUCUGUAGAGGGUGCCUGUGGCCAGCUUCCCCACAGCUGGAGCCACGUGGGUCACGUGGCUGCUGGUGUUGAGAGCUUUCGAUGCAAACUACACAAGCAGUACCGCAGCACUCCAUCCUCCUUGUUGCGCUGCCUUGUCCGCAGCCCAAAGCCAUCUUUGGACGAGCAGGACUGGGGCUCUGUGUUUUCACUGCCUGAAAGUAAAGCGGACAGCAUGAUCUCUGGGCCUCUGUCCAUCACGUGUAGUCAGAGUCCGUUAAUCAGUCCACACUAUGCGUUUCCUCUAGGGAGCAGGGAGAGGACACCUUGUUGGUCAUGUGAUUCAUCGCAGAGCUUCCCUCCGGUCUUUGCUGCUGAAUCAUCAGAGGCUUUACACGACAAGCACAAGAUGCAUAAAUCAUAUUUUCACCGAAGUCGGCAGGUCUCGGUAGAGGAGGAAAAAGAAGGGGAAGAGAAUAGGGGAGACACUGGCGUACACACAUCCUUGGAGGACAGCAAUCAAAGUGAGGGUGCAGAUGGGAGCUCGGGGCGACUGAGAAGCACCUCCAAAUGGAUCCACUCCUCCAUUCCUGUGUCCAAUUGCCAUUCGAAGAGGAACAGCUCGGCAAGAAGACACAGCUGCAGUCUGUGGACCAAGAGGGGCAACGCAACACUCAGUCCGAGUCAGCAAAGAGGAUUACCGAGAUUUUCUGAGAUAUGCCAUGUGAAGAGACGAGGGAGCAAGAUGAAAGCACGGAACAUGAAGACUGUAAAGAUUCUGGAUGGUUCAGCAUCCCUACCGGUAAGGAUUAGCAGUUGGUGCAUCCCUCAGUCUUAUAUAUUUCAGGAGUCGAGCGUAAGGAGACGUCUUGGAGGAGAGACUGCCGAACGUAAGAACUGGUCAGCUUCUGCCAGCCCAGCCCAGCUCAAUUUUGGAUCUGUGGAUAUGUUGCAGAAAUGUGGGUCUUCUUGCCAGGAAUCUUGGUGUUCUAGUUCUUUGAACAGCUGGACAAAGUCCGUCAGCUGUGCAUCUUUGGUGCACAGUGGAGCUAGGUCUGAGGUGAAGAGCCCAACAUUUCAAACUGUUGAAGAUUUUAAUCCUCAUUAUUCCGCGGUGGAGAGGAAUAACUUAAUGAGACUUGCUUAUACAAUACCGUUCCCUCCCAUUUGUGGCCUCGCUGGUGAAGAGGUCAGUGUUUACAGCCUGGACGAGAGCACAGCGGACAGCCAGGGACGCACUGCUUCUGCGUGGUCGGAGUGUGGCUUCACAGCCAUGCUGCAGCCUGUGUCGUGGGAAGGGAUGGACGAGGGUUUGCACAGGGCCGUUCGUGUGGUGUGCACCUGGGCGGAGGGGCCCCUCCUGAAACCGAACAAUACCUACAUCGUCAAAACCUUCAGUCCUGAGGUGGUCGAGAAAUGGCAGAAGGUCUUCCACAGCAACACUCCUCUUCAGCUCUGUCUCAGGGAAAUACAACAACAGCGAGCUGCUCAGAAACUCAUGGACCUAUUUAACAAAAUCAGACCUCAUAAUAUCCCCUAUGCUCCAAGAUUCCUAGAUGUGUCCCUGCUGUACUGGCACUCGGAGGACAAGUGGUUCACCAUCCAGAAGUACAUUGCAGGAGAUUUCCGAAAGUAUAACAACAGAACUGGCGAAGAGAUGACCCCCAACAGCUGUCUGGAAGAGACCAUCCUUGCCUUCUCUCACUGGACGUACCACUUUACCCGAGGCGAACUGCUGGUUCUGGACCUGCAAGGAGUUGGCGUAGAACUGACGGAUCCAUCGGUCAUCAGAUCAGACAAUGAAAGUGGAUCUGGUGACAUGGUGUUUGGGCCUUCCAACCUUGGGGACGAUGCUAUCCAGAGAUUCAUUCAAAACCACACGUGCAACUCGUGCUGCAGAAAGCUUCAUCUCUCAGAUUUGAGGAGGAGCAAUAUCAUCGAAGGAGAGGUAAAUCUUGCGUAUGAAGAGGAAAGUGACUUUUUCACGACCCGUCUUUGA